CGUACCCGGUGCCGCAGCCGGUUCCGUGGGAGGCUGGGCUGUAUCCGGCGCUAUUCCCGGUGCUAUUCCCGGUUCCAUCCCCGGUUCCGUGGCGGUGCCGCGGGAGGCUGGGCUGUUCCCGGUGCUAUUCCCGGUUCCAUCCCCGGUUCGGUGGCGGUGCGGGAGGCGGGCCGGUGCUGUACCCGGUUCCAUCCCCGGUUCGGUGCCGGGAGGAGGCGGGCCGGUGCCGCGGGGGGCGGGCGCUGCCCGCGCUGAGCGCAGCCGGCGGGCGAUGCGCUUCCUCCGCUGAGCGCAGCGCGGCCGAGCCCGAGCCGGCAGGAUGACGGUGGAGUUCGAGGAGUGCAUCAAGGACUCGCCCCGGUUCCGGGCAACCAUCGAUGAGGUGGAAACGGAUGUGGUGGAGAUCGAGGCCAAGCUCGACAAGCUGGUGAAGCUGUGCAGUGGCAUGCUGGAGGCUGGCAAGGUUUACAUCACCACCAACAAACAUUUCGUCAGCGGCGUGAGGGACCUGUCCCAGCAGUGCAGGAAGGACCAGAUGAUCUCGGAGUGCCUGGAUAAAUUUGGGGACAGCCUACAGGAAAUGAUCAAUUACCACAUGAUCCUGUUUGACCAGGCCCAGAGGUCGGUCCGGCAGCAGCUGCACAAUUUUGUCAAAGAUGACGUGAGGAAGUUCAAGGAGACCAAGAAGCAGUUUGACAAGGUGCGGGAGGACAUGGAGAUCUCCCUGGUGAAGAACGCGCAGGCGCCGCGGCACAAACCGCACGAGGUGGAGGAGGCCACGGGCACGCUGAGCAUCACCCGGAAAUGCUUCCGGCACCUGGCCCUGGACUACGUGCUGCAGAUCAACGUGCUGCAGGCCAAGAAGAAAUUUGAGAUCCUGGAUGCGAUGUUGUCCUUCAUGCACGCGCAGUUCACCUUCUUCCAGCAGGGUUACAGCCUCCUGCACGAGCUCGACCCCUACAUGAAGAAAUUGGCCACCGAGCUGGACCAGCUGGUGAUCGACUCAGCCGUGGAGAAGAGGGAGAUGGAGCACAAGCACGCCCUGAUCCAGCAGAGGACCCUCCUGCAGGAUUUCUCCUACGAUGACUCCAAGGUGGAAUUCAACGUGGAUGCCCCCAACGGGGUGGUGAUGGAGGGGUACCUGUUCAAGAGAGCCAGCAACGCCUUCAAAACCUGGAACAGGAGGUGGUUUUCCAUCCAGAACAGCCAGCUGGUCUACCAGAAGAAGCUAAAGGACGUGCUGACCGUGGUGGUGGAGGACCUGAGGCUCUGCACGGUCAAACCCUGCGAGGACAUCGAGAGGAGGUUCUGCUUCGAGGUCGUGUCCCCCACCAAGAGCUGCAUGCUGCAGGCUGACUCGGAGAAGCUGCGCCAGGCCUGGAUCCAGGCUGUGCAAGCCAGCAUCGCCUCUGCCUACCGCGAGAGCCCCGACUGCUUCUACAUCGAGAGGCUGGACAGAACAGCCUCCCCCUCCACCAGCAGCAUCGACUCAGCCACGGAUUCUCGGGAGCGGGGCGGGAAGGGGGAGCCGAUCCUGCAGAGGGUGCAGAGCAUCCCUGGGAACGAGCAGUGCUGUGACUGUGGGCAGCCAGAUCCCCGCUGGGCCAGCAUCAACCUGGGCAUCCUGCUCUGCAUCGAGUGCUCCGGCAUCCACAGGAGCCUGGGUGUUCACUGCUCCAAGGUCCGAUCCCUCACGCUGGAUUCCUGGGAGCCAGAGCUGCUGAAACUGAUGUGUGAGCUGGGCAACAGCACCAUGAACCAGAUUUAUGAGGCGCAGUGUGAGGAGCUGGGGCUGAAGAAACCAACAGCAGGGAGCUCCAGGCAGGACAAGGAGGCCUGGAUCAAGGUGAAGUACGUGGAGAAGAAGUUCCUGAAGAAGCUGCCGGGUGGGGAGGCGCUGGCUGAGGCCGAGGCCGAGCCCAAGCGGCGCCGCUGGUGCGUCAAGAAGUGCCAGAGGCACAGCAGCGGCUCCCGGGCGCCCGCGGCGCGCAGGAAAUACCGGCAGGAACCGGGCAGCGCCUGCCCCGCCAUGCUGGCCUCAGCAGCCACCCUGGAGAGGAAAUUCCGCCGGGAUUCUCUGUUCUGCCCCGACGAGCUCGACUCCCUCUUCUCCUACUUCGACACCGGCGCCGGCUCCGGCCCUCGCAGUCUGAGCAGUGACAGCGGCCUGGGCGGGAGCACCGACGGCAGCGGCGACGCGCUCGUGUUCGGCUCCGUGGUGGACAGCGUCACCGAGGAAGAGUGCGAGGUGUCGGACGACUCCAGCGGGGAGGCGGAGCUGGAGCAGGAGGUGUCGGACCUGGAGGAGGUUCGGGAGGUGCCGGCGGGGCUGGUUCUGUCCCGGGCUGCCCGGAGCCGGAACCUGCCCCUGCUGGCCGCUGCCCUGGCCCACGGAGCCGAUGUCAACUGGGCCAACGAGGAGGACGAGGGCAAAACCCCCCUGAUGCAGGCUGUCAGCGGGGGCUCCCUGCUGGCCUGUGAAUUCCUGCUGCAGAACGGGGCCGAUGUGAACCAGCGGGACGCGCGGGGCCGGGCGCCGCUGCACCACGCCACCUACCUGGGGCACACCGGGCAGGUGUGCCUGUUCCUGAAGCGUGGGGCCACCCAGGACACCCCGGACGGGGACGGGCAGGACCCGCUGAGCAUCGCGGUGAGCGCGGCCAACGCCGACAUCGUCACCCUGCUGCGGCUGGCGCGCAUGAACGAGGAGAUGCGGGAGGCAGAGGGGCCCCUGGGGCAGCCCGGGCAGUACCCCAGCAACAGCCCCACGGAGCUGCAGUACAGGAAAUGCAUCCAGGAGUUCAUCAGCCUCAACAUCGACGAGUGUUAGGGACAGCCCGGUGCCCUCGGCCGGCCCGGAGCCGGGCGGGGUCCCCGCGAGUCCCUCCCUUGGAUAUUCGGUGUUUUCCCUGCUGGUUGGUCUGGUUGUGAUGCCUGCACACCCCGAGGGUUGAGCUGCCCUCAGGGGGUUUUUCCUUGUGGGGUUUGAGUUCUCAUGCUUGACUACUGGAUGGCUGAUUUUUAUUUUUUUAAAUUUUUUUGGAGGGUGUUUUUGGAGUAGGAGCCUCCCCAGGGUAUGACCAUGGAGUGUGUGGGAAGUGUGGGACAUGAGCUUAGAGGUUAAAAAACAACACAAAAAAAAAACAACAAAAAAAGGAAAAAAAAUUCAAAAAGAGAAGAAAAGGAAAAACUUUCUGUGACCAGGGGAGAGCCACCAACACCAGGAGCAGACACAGCUGUCCCUGAAGAACUGGCUUGGAAUUCUGGCAGGGAUGGCGGCUGGAGCCUGCCCUGCCCUGGGAGGGCCCCGAGGUGCCCUCCAGGCUGGAUUUGGGGCAGGGGUGCUCCGGAGGCCCAGCCGGAUCCGGAUCAGGAUUCAGGAUCUCCAGCUCCUCGCCCGUCGCUGCUCUCAGGACUGAACCGGCCACGCUCCCCUCGACUGCUGCCCUGGCUGCUGGGCUGCCCGAAGCCAUAGCUGCCCUGCUUCCACCCCCUGCAGUGCCCAGAAGGAUUCCCAUCCCAUUGGAAUACCCAGAAGGGUUCCAGCCCCACUGGAAUUCCUGGAAGCAGCAGCACUGAUCCCUGUCGCUGGCGAUGGGCUCGGGGCAGGGAGGGGAACAAGCUCCAGCUGCUCGGUGCAAUUUCACAGAAUCACAGAUCCCAUUGUCCCAGAAUCCCAGAUCCCAUUAUCCCAGAAUCCUAGGCUGGGAGUCACCCUCAAGACCAAGGAGCCCACCCCACUCCCCACACCCCAACCAAACCACUUCUAGUCCCCAUCUUCUUCCAGUCCCACCCAGGGAUGGGGAAUUUGCCUCCUCUGGGUUCCCUGCAGGUCUCCAUGGGGGAAAUUCCACCUGCAGGAAUCCCCCCAUGUGCUGGGGCAGCUCAGCAGCUUUGGAGCUCCCCAGCUCUGAGGAGCAGCAGAGUUUUUGUGGUUUUCUCCUUUUUUUCCUCUCUCAGCUGCAGUGAGAGAGCGUGGCUCUCCUCGGAGCACUUUGCUGCUGUCUCACCCUGUCCUGGGAGGGUUUAUGGAGCUCAGGGGGCUCUGGAAUCCUGCCUGGAGCUUGGAGACUUUCCCAAUGUCCCCAGCUGCAGCUGGCACCAGGGUUUGUCGGGAUUUUGGAUCCCAGUCCUGGCUGCUCCUGGCACGGUUAGGAUGGGGCUGGGAGCUGAUCCUGCUCCCGAGCCCUCCCGAAGCCCCAGCCUGGCCCCAGCAGGACCCCCCCGAUCCCUGCGGAGCCCCCAGACCCUGCUGGAUCCCAGCCCGGGGCUGGCCCAUCCCGCAGGAAUCCCCUCCCCGUCGGUGCUGCCCCCACCCCUGGGGCAGCUCUUGGUGCUGAUUCCCCCUCGAGCCACGCAAAUCCUUCAGGGUCCUUCAGAGCUCUUGGGAGAAAAGAGAAUUCUCACAUUUGGGAGUGGAGGAGAAUUGUCAUCCUCUGAGAAAAAAUAAUUUCUUCAUUCUUGAGAGUGGAAGAGAGUUUUCACCAUUUGAGAGCAAAGGAGAAUUUCACAUUUGAGAGUGGAGAAUAUUCCCCAUUUGAGAGCAAAGAGAAUUUUCACCAUUUGAGAGUGGAGGGGAAUUUUUUCCCUCUUGAGAACAAAGGAGAAUUUUCAUAUUUGAGAGUGAAGAAUUUUCACAUUUGAGAAAAAAGGAGAAUUUUCACAUUUGAGAGUGGAGAAUUUUCACCAUUUGACAGCAAAGGAGAAUUUCUUCACUCUUGAGAGCAAAGAAGAAUUUCCACCAUUUUUCACCACUUUUCAAUUUUCACCAGGACAAUUUCACACUCUGCUCUGCUCGUGGAUUUCAGCACGGCCAUAAUUUGAAUUAUUUGAAUUUUUUAACCUGUACAGCAACUCCAAACUGAUUUUCAACCCCCGCCCCUGCUUUUCCCAGCUUUUUUAGGAGGAGUUCAAAACCCGACUGAUCCUUUUGAGAACCGAGGAAAAACCACAGCUUCCAUUUUUGGGUCAUUUUAUUUCACUUUUUCUGGGAAUUCUGGCCACAAAUCCUGGCCAGGCUGCACCCUGGAAGCUCAGACUCACUGCUGAAGUACAUGAAGUUGGAAAAAAAAUGUAAAUAUCGAUGCAAAAAGCAGCAUCUUGCAAGACAAUGGAUUUAUUUAACAUUGUAUUGGUACUUUAAAUAUUUAGAUUCAAUGUAUAAAAGCAACUUGGUGCACUUUUCCUACCUGACAGUAUUUUGGGGGGUUUUAUGUUCUUUUGUUAUGGGUUUUGUGCUGUCUUUUUUAAUCAGUGGAAUUGUUUAAGUAUUUAAUUUAUUCUUAUUAUUGAUGUGCCCAGAGGACUAGUGCAAUUUUUAUUCAAUACAGUUGGUCUGUAUUUAAUGUCAGGAUUUUUUCCGUAGCAUUUUUAGGGAAUAUUUUUCCAAAAUUGCCUCUUUUUCUUUCCCCUCAUCCCAAUUUUCCUCCCUUCCCCCCCUUUUUCCCUUUGUGUUUCCAUCACGGAUUCAAAGCCUCAAAAUUUGAGAUAAACCCAACACCCUGCAGUCCCCAAACCAAAAAUUUCUCCAGGAAAAACACGUUAAGGAUGCACUUCUCCCUGUUUCCUGUGUUUCUUGGACUUUUAUGUCUCCUUGGGGGGGUUCUGGGGGGGGUGUGGGCUCCAAAUUUUGGAGGGGAGAGUGGGGAAGGCUCGUAGAAAAUUCAAUUUCAAUUUUCAAAUUGAAAUUUGAGCAUUUCCAGGCUCUGAGAGGGAUGAAAAAAUGAACAUUUUGUUGUUUUUUCCUGCCUGAAACGCAGCUGGAUUCGUGUUGUACCAUCCUGGUUGGAAGAUUUUGAUGCCCUAAAUUAGAUUUUUUUUUUUUUUUAAUCUUUUAUUUUUCCAAGGGGGUGUGAGUGUUUUCUCUUGGAUUUAACCACAUUUAACAGGAGGAAUUUAAAAGUUAAAACCCCUCAGCCACCAGGAUCCUCCAUCCUUGGGACUUCUUGGGAUCUGGGGGAAUUUUUCUCUCUUUAUUUAACCCAAGUGCCUGGACUUGGAUCCAGUCUGGGUUUGGAUCUCUGAUUCCAGCUGGGAUUUUCAAUAUUCCAGGUUUUUUUCAGGUUAUUCCAGCCUUGCUGCCUCUGAGCUGGGAAAUUUCUUGGAGUAUUUUAAAGGAAAAAAAUUUUAAAAAUAAUGGGAUUGGAAGAUUUGAUGCCUUUAACCAAAAAUCCAGGUGUGAGAAGCUGAGCUGGGCCAGGCAUCAGAUGGAAUUGUUUGUUGGAAAAUACCUCUAAUAUCAUCAAAUUAAUUAAUUGAUCAUUAAUUAAUCAUCCUGCAGCUUCCAGGAGAGAACUGGAGGGAGGAUUUUGGGAUUGAGAGAUCAGGAACAUCAAAAAUAUCAGGAAAUACCAAAAUGAGGAUCAGGAACAGCAAAAAUUUUGUGAUUUGUGCAAGAAAAACCCAGGAGCUGCUCAGGGAAUGCACAGAAUUCCUGCCGUGGGUGGAAAAUGGAAUUUUGGAGUUUCCCAGCAAUUCCUGGGUUGGGUUUUGGAGUUUCUUGGCAAUUCCUGGGUUGAGAUUUUUGAGUUCCUCGCCAAUUUCUGGUUUGGGUUUGGGAGAUUCUCACAAUUCCUGAUUGGAAUUUUUGGGUUUCUCAACAAUUCCUGGUUUUGGAGUUUUUUAGCAAUUCCUGGUUGGAGUUUUUGAGUUCUUCAACAAUUCCUGGUUUGGAUUUUUGGGUUCCUCAGCAGUUCCUGGAUUGGGUUUUUGGGUUCCUCAGCAAUUCCUGGUUGGAGUUUUGGGUUCCUCAGCAGUUCCUGGUUUAGGUUUUGGGGUUCCUCAGCAAUUCCUGGUUGGAGUUUUGGAGUUCUGGGGUUCCUCAGCAAUUCCUGCUGCUGUCCCUGCCCUGUGUCCCUCAGAGGGGCCGGGAGGUGACACCGAGCCCUGGUGACAGCCCCGGGGAUGGAGGGGCUGAGGGACAAAAUGGCUUUUGGGAGGUUCCAGGAUGGGUGGGAUGUCCCCAUGUCCACGGGAACGGGGCUCACUUGGGAAUGGGCUCCUCACACCGGGCUGGGCCGUGCCUGCAAUUCCCGCUGGGGACACCGGGGGGGACACCGGGGCGGGACCAGCACAGAGGGGUUCGGUGGAGAUGCUGCUGCCCCAGAGGUGGCACCUGGGGACACCACAGGGACAGGGAGAGAUCCCUGGGCUAGGCCAGAGACCCCCUUGGGCCAGCUCAGAGGGGUUUGGCUGGGCCAGAAGCCUUAUUUGGUUAUGUGAGAGGGGCGUUUGGGCCAUCUCAGAGGGGUUUGGGCCUUCUCAGAGGGCUUUUUGCCCCCCUCAGACGUUUUUGUGGCCAUCUCAGAGGGGGUUUUGCCCCCCUCAGACGUUUUUUGGUCAGUUCAGAGGGUUUCUGAGCAGCUCAGAGGGGUUUUUGGCCAUCUCAGACGUUGUUUUGCUAUCUCACAGGGGUUUUUGCCAUCUCAGAGGUUUCUGGCCAGCCCGAGGCUCUGCCCUCGCUGUAAAUAAAAUGAAACUCCCACCCCUGCUCUCCUCCCUCCCCGCUCUCUUUGCACCAGGAUUUUUUAACCCUUCCCCUCCCUGCACCUCUGGAAAUUCAGAUUUUCUCUCUGUAAUCACCUUUGUACAAUUCCAAAGCUCUUUCUUGUGCUCUCUGCCUUUUUUCCCCUCUCCUUUCUCUGGUCUCUUGAAGCACUCUUAAUAAAAAUCUGGUUAAAAACUC